AUGGCUCGUGCACUGGCCUCAGUAUGUCUCUAUGCUUCUGUGUGCACACUGUUCCUCGCUGCGUUCGCCGCCCCUGUCUCUCUGGACAUCCGCACUACCUCCGGCACCUUCAGAGGACUUAGCACAGGCAACGGAACUGAAAAGUGGCUCGGCGUCCCGUUCGCCCAGCCACCGGUGGGAUCAUUGCGGUUCAAGGCCCCCGUGGCCAUCACGAACGCCUCACGAACUGUCAAAGAUGCGUUCACGUUCGGAAAUGCCUGCCCACAGGAGCCCUCCAGCAGUCUGGGUGCGCCGCUUUCUGAAGAUUGCUUGUUCCUGAACGUCUUCAGGCCCGCCGGGACGACACCCUCGGAGAAACUCCCGAUACUCGUUUGGUUCUAUGGCGGCGCGUUUAUGAACGGGGCUGCCUCCGAUCCACAGUUCGAUCCCACGUGUAAGCGCGUUCUCAUACAGCGCAGCGUGGCAACAAGCAAGCCGAUUAUAUUCGUUUCCGUCAACUAUCGCGUUAAUACUUUCGGCUUCCUCGCCAGCAGUCACGUCCCCGCGGAGGAUUUGAACGCUGGUCUGCUUGACCAACGUGCGGCGCUCACAUUCUUGCAGGAGAAUGCAGCAGCCUUCGGAGGCGAUCCCUCGAAGGUCACCAUAUGGGGCCAGUCCGCCGGUGCUGGAGCCGCGGAGGCGCAGGUUUUGUUCCCCACACCGCGCCCUCUCUUCCGCGCCGCCAUCUUCGACUCGUCCACAGGCCCAUUUAAAAACGCCCCACCGGCAAGCCGCUAUGAUGACCCAGGUUUCCCCUUCGCCCGUCUGCUCGCAGCGACCGGCUGUCCUGCGGGGCCGGCUUCCUUUGCGUGCCUGCAGAAGUUGCCCUUCGAAGUGAGCCCCUUCUAUCGUACCGUAUUCAGUGGGUCCGUACGGGGUUUGAACGUGCCUGCCGCACAAGAGAACGCGACCUUCGACACGUUCAUCAAGAACCUCCUCAUCGACCCGACCACCGUUACACAAGACACUCUCAACACGAUCAACUCGCUCUACCCGCCCAACGACCCGGCGCUCGGCGCUCCUUUCAACACCGGUGAUUCGCUCUUCGAUCGCGCAGAGGCAUGGUACACGGACAACAUGUACCUCGCUGCGCGCCGGCUGCUCUUCAACAAGGCCGCACCGCUGCAGCCGCUUUUUGCGUACGCGUUCAGGGAGUUCAUCCCUGGAAACGACCCGUCGCUCGGAGUGUUCCAUGGUUCCGAGCUCGAGCUGCUCUUUGGCCACUUCCCGGCUGUCGAGCAGGCGUUCGCAGAGCAGAUGGCUGACUUCUAUAUCAACUUCAUCAACGAUCUCAACCCCGGAGCUCCCUGGCCACAGUUCACUUUGGAGACGAAACAGGUGCUCCAGCUGAUGAGGGACAACAUCACGGCCAUUCCCGACGACUUCAACCUGCAGAAGACGGACUUCCUCGAUUCCACAGUUGUGCUGGGUCAAUUCCAGAAGUGA